GCGCGUUGGUCCGCGGCGGCAAGAUGGCGGCGCAACAGCAGGCCUGGGCGGCCGCUACGCAGCUGGCGGCGGGGCCCGCCGCGGAGGCAGACCCGCUAGCUCGCUUCACUUGUCCCGUGUGCUUAGAAGUGUACGAGAAGCCGGUGCAGGUGCCCUGCGGACACGUCUUUUGCUCUGCAUGCCUGCAGGAAUGUCUGAAGCCGAAGAAACCUGUCUGUGGGGUGUGUCGCAGCGCUCUGGCACCUGGCGUCCGAGCUGUGGAGCUCGAGCGGCAGAUCGAGAGCACAGAGACUUCUUGCCAUGGCUGCCGUAAGAACUUCUUCCUGUCUAAGAUCCGGGCCCAUGUGGCCACCUGCUCCAAAUACCAGAAUUACAUCAUGGAAGGAGUGAAGGCUACCACGAAGGAUGUUUGUCCGAUCUGUGCCUCGAUGCCCUGGGGAGACCCCAACUACCGCAGCGCCAACUUCAUAGAGCACAUCCAGCGCCGCCACCAAUUUUCCUAUGACACUUUUGUGGAUUAUGAAGCUGAUGAAGAGGACAUGGUGAACCAGGUGUUGCAGCGCUCCAUCAUUGAUCAGUGAGCAGCAUCCUUCUGUCCGUCUCCUGCUGUAGAGCUUCCAUUAUAUGUUAAAGUAUGAGACCUUUGACUCCUGCACCUUAACUGUACAACAGACCUGGAAUUGAGCCAUGGCACUGGGACAGAGUCACUUUGACGGGGCAUUGGAUCUCCCGGGUUGGAGCCCUCUUGUCCACUGGGCUCUUGUCAAAGCUGUCUUCCCCACUGUUCACCUUGUUUGUCAC